AUGUUGUACUGCAUAUACACCGCCCCAAAAUGCCCAAGGCAGAUAGAGAUAAUCAUUGUCAUUGAACUAGGGUACUCAUCCAGGAAACUAAACGACGGAGGCGUCAAGACUAAGGCAGGGUAUCGGUCAUCUCUCGUCGUUCAAUUUCUUAGAUGUAUGGUAUUGGUAGGUGACUCCCGGUAUUCCUCUCCUUUCGCCAACUUCCCGAACGCUGAUUAUCCUUGCACACGCAAUAUGGCAUCACGGACGAACAAUCCAUCCCUAUGCCAAGAUUGUCAGAUAUGGGAUAACAUCGAAUCAUUCAAGGACUUUUGGCCAAAACGUUGGAGCUUCGUUACCCUGGACGGGUUGGCUGUUAACGCACCAUGCAUAAUAUGUGCCAUUGUUAAAUCGACAGUUGAGUCUCGCCUUCUAGAAAUUGGAAUCUCAUCGAAUUCUUCGACAAGCGGAAAACAUGCGCGUGCAGCCUCAGAUUCGACUUGUUUAUUCAAGAAGCGGAUCUUCAACGCGGCUGACUCUUGCUCUCCAUUGGAUGUAUCGAUUAUCUGGCGUAAUACAAGUGUUGAAUCAGUCAUCUGUAUCCUUUUGGACACUUGUCUAUUUGACGUUGCAUUACUAAAGCAAUGGUUGAUGAGGUGUGCCGAUCUACAUGGCAACGAGUGCAAAAAGAACCCGACAAUCAAUCUAGACGACUUACCCCCCGGAUUCCGGCUCAUUAAUCUUAAGUCCAUGAGCAUUGAACAGCCAAAGUCCAACAAAGGUUUUGUGGCUUUGAGUUACAUGUGGCCUUCAGAGACGGACUCAGAGCGAGUGCAGCUUCAGAAACACAACGUGGAAUUAUGGAAGAAGCCAGGUGAUCUUCGAAACAUAUCAAUGCCUCCACUCAUAAGUGAUGCUAUGUCACUUUGCCAGAAGCUUGGAGAAACCUAUAUUUGGAUUGAUCGUUUUUGCAUUGUCCAAGAUGAUGCCGCCUCCAAGCAUGGCCAGGUUAGCGGAUUUAUCCACAGGCCAAGGGGUUCAACUAUCAACAAACUUAGAAUAGAACAUGAUUGGAAAACUCUUGUCGUCGAAAGAGGUUUGGAGUCGGUCAAUUAUUCCAUCUGGAACACGCGAGGUUGGACGUUUCAAGAACGACUGCUGUCCUCUCGCUGCAUCUACAUUACUGAGCACGAAGUUCAGUAUGAGUGCUAUGUAGGAUAUGCAUCCGAGAUAUUUACUCACAACGCCCCAUACAAGACCAGUAGGCGAUCUCUCUCACAUCCGUUGACAAAGCGACCCGUCAGUCAGCUUCCAGGCUUUUGUGCUUCAAGGGUGGCCAACUUUCACAUCACGGAGAAGACCUCCAUCUAUGAUUAUAUGAGAUUAGUGCGGGACUACACGAGGCGAAACCUUUCAUACUCUUCAGACAUAUUGAACGCGUUUGCUGGUGUCGAGAGACGUCUCAAGGAUGGGUCACCCUUCCACUUUGGACUACCCGAAAAGUAUCUUCACAUUGCACUCAUGUGGCGGCCGAAUGAUACAUCGACCCUCAGAAUGUCGGAUAUGUCGAUUCCAAGCUGGAGCUGGGCAAGCGUCACAAAUGGCAUCAACUAUGAUUGGCUUUUAGGGGGGGAAAAGGCCACUCGAGUGGUUAGUCUGGUGAGUUUCUACUAUCAGAGCCAUGAAAAUGGUCUCCAAAAAUUGGAUGUGCAAGAGUGGUGGGUAAUGAAAUAUGCCCUGUCCGAGGACACUCGGUUUCGGAAACAAGUGUCUCUAGUACAAUCAAAUACCAAUAGACUAUGGGAGGAAUGUCCGGAAAACCCAUGGCAGGCACUUGAGCGACAACAGUUGCAUCCUGACGCGUGUCAGAUCGCCGCUAAUUUACCUGGCUGUCUGGUAUUCAAUACUACAGUCACUCGACUGGAUGUUGACCAGUUGCUGCUAGGUGAUAUCUAUGACGUUCCUGAUGAAUUCCGGGAAAUCAUGCCGAACUCAGAUGAUCGAAUUCUUGAUCUGAUAGCUGUCUCUGACACCUUUCGUAGUUAUCACGAAACACAAGGUCAGUGGCUGAGGCCUGACGAAAGGAUAACGGCGAGUGAUGAUUUCCGCAGGUGGCAGCUGCUUGUCAUGUUGGUUGCAAGGGAUGUGUCUCAGCCAUAUGUCGCCCGUCGUCUUGCAGUUGGUUAUGUAAACACUCGCUGCUGGGAGGGUUACACGACAUGUUGGGAGACUAUAGUUCUCUGUUAA